GCUCGACGAAACCUGGGGCGGUUGCUCAACAGUCCGUUCGAAAACGAUGGCGUCGACAACGCCCAGUGCGCGCCAACGCCGCCGUGGGGUCAAGGACGCUGAAGAAACAGUAUCGGAGCCAGAGUACAACGAGCUUCGACGGCGCUAUGAUGCAAAGGUCGCGGCACCUGAUGCUGACGACGGGUCUGAGUCCGAAUCGGACACGGCACCGUCCGACAAACCCUUACGAGAACCGCGAUGGAACUUGUCGUCGAAAGAGAAGAAAGUGACGCUUCUCGUUGACGAAGACAAGGCGAAGAAGUGGUCGAGCUUCAAGACGCGCACGCUGUACACACUGCUCAUGGUGGUUGGGUUCCUCGUCAUAGUGUUCGGGUUCAAGCAAGUCGGGUGCUGCUUGCUGGUGUUUUCCCUCCAAGCAACCAUGUACGCGGAGCUCGUGAGUCUUAUGUUCAAGCAGCAAGUGGAGAACGAGAUGCCCAAGUUUCGCCGCCUGUACUACUACUGGUUCUUUGUGUGCGUGUUUUUCGUGUACGGCCGCGCGCUGAUGCCGCACUUUGAAAUGCACGAAUUCGACACGCUCUUUGGGCUGUACAUCCUCGAAAAAGGGUUUGUGAACAAGCACCACACGGCCAUCUCAUUCGCGCUGUACGUGGGUGGGUUUGUCUCGUUUGUGUUUUCUUUGCGAAAGCGCAAGCACUACAAGUACCAGUUCUCCCAAUUUGCGUACUGCCAUGUCGCGCUCUUGAUCAUCGUGGCCCAGUCGACGUUCAUGAUCUCCAACAUGUUUGCCGGACUCUUUUGGUUCCUCCUUCCGUGCUCGCUCAUCAUCGUCAACGACGUGUUUGCUUACAUUUGCGGGUUCUUCUUUGGACGGACGCCGCUGAUUCCGAAAUUGUCGCCGAAGAAGACGUGGGAAGGGUUCUUUGGUGCGCUCUUGAUCACGAUUUUGUGGUCCUUUGUUUUUUCCCGAUUCAUGUUGCAGUUUGAAAUGAUGAUGUGCCCCCAAGUUGGCUUCCACUUGGACUUCAAAGGGUGCACCCCCGGUGACAUCUACGUGCCGCAAGUGUACGCCCAUUUCCCCUUCACUGUGGCGCCGAUUCAGUUCCACAUGGUGUGCUUUGCCGUCUUUGCAUCGCUCGUCGCGCCAUUUGGAGGGUUCUUUGCGUCCGGUUUCAAGCGAGCAUUCAAGAUCAAAGACUUUGGAUCAAGUAUUCCAGGACACGGUGGCGUGGUCGAUCGCAUGGAUUGCCAAGUGAUCAUGGGCAUGUUCACGUAUGUGUAUUACACGAACUUUAUCCAACGGCCAGACCGAAUUUCAAGUGCAUUGCGCAUGCUCGAACGCUUGACCGCUGAUGAGCAACUCGUGGUGUUUCAAAAGCUCCAAAGUGCACUCACCAACGCGGGAAUUCUGACUGGAUAGAAGUCUAAGUGGAUUAUAGAAGAUGUGCCAAUAAAUGGUCAUGUGCGACGCACCACACAAUACUGGGGUGUUGCACAUAACAGCUACAUCAAACG